GGAGGGAGGGAGGGGUCAGCCGGGGUGACCAUCCGACCCGGGCUGAACCGACGAGCGUGGGGAUGAGACGCCAGAGAGAUGCGGAGCUUUUGAGGAGCAGAAACAUCCAGAGGACCCACAUGUCCCCUCUCUCUGACAGGCAGAGCUGUUCAUAAAAAGAGCCCAGCAGCGGUUUGAUUCGUGGUGCCAUCACAGUGAGUUCCUGGCAGAGCCUUAUCCUCCUGAAGUGAUCGAACAUGACGGGUCAGACUGAGGGAGCCGUCAUCCAGGACCCGUCAGUGCCCUCACUGCGAGGUGUGGAGGGUCUUGAGUACAGACCUCCGGGUGGGGCCAUGUCCUUCACCGAUGAAGCUGUUUCUAUCCUGACCUCCACAAGCCAGCUGGCGCGAACCCUCCUCGGUCGCACCUUUGUACCCCAGCCCAAAGAGAACCCUGCCAACGCGGAGGCCAUGGCCGGCAGCAGCUGUGAUGAAGACAACAGCACACGACGCAAACGGGAGUUCACCCCGAACGAUAAGAAAGAUGAAGGCUACUGGGACAAGAGAAGGAAGAACAACGAGGCAGCCAAGCGGUCCAGAGAGAGGCGGAGAGCCAAUGACAUGGUGCUGGAGAGGAGGGUCCUGGGUCUGCUGGAGGAAAACGCUCGGCUGAGGGCGGAGCUGUUGGCCCUCAAGUUUCGCUUCGGUCUUGUCAAGGAUUCGUCUGAUGUGAACAUCCUGCCACUCUCUGUACCCCUAUGUGCACACCCACCACCCAGUACAACACAUUUCUACCAGCCUCACAAUGAUGGACCCUCCUACCUCAAAACACAGCAGAGUGCCAGCACCCACCAAAUCCAGCCCCACCUUCCGCAGCAAGCUCCCAUCUAUGGACCGAGGGUAGCCGGGCCAUUGUUAAGCCACAGUGUAUCUGAGGAUUCAGGCGUUUCCACCUCAAGUAGCUCAAAUAUGGGAAGCCCUGUGUUUUUUGACGACACUUUGAGUGACCGCGGUGGGCCCUCACCAAGGGAGCUGGUGGAGGAGCCACAGGGCUACGACUCACACAUCUGUCCCCUGGAUGUCAACGGGGGUCAGUAUGUACACAAACAAGACUCCCCUGAUGGUUUGAGGAGCCUCCCGCACAAGCUCCGCUUCAAAGGCCCCAGUGGUGGCAGUGACGGAGGGGAGAUGUCUCCUCCCUCUGACAACAGACACAGUGAACAUCGUAUAGCCACCGUGGGGCCAAACAUCCCGGUGAGGGUCCACAAGCAGGCAGGGUGGGAGAGUCGGGCAGAGACUCAGGCUCCUUGGUCCAGGGAGGAGGCCGGUGGUGGACUCGGGCAGCAGUAUCAGGGUCUGUCUUCUGGAUAUUAUAAUUCCUCGUCUCUGCAGAACUCCAGGGACACUAGUACACCCGAGGACAUCAGCCUGAGGUCGCAGAUGAGCUGUUUGUCUCAGGAAGUGGCUCAGCUCAAAAGGCUCUUAUCUCAGCAGCUGUUCUCAAAGAUCUCUUAGAACCUGAACAGAAGAGGAGCAAAUCCAGAUCAAAUUCAGACAGACAUAAUUCACAUUCUAUCUCUCCGACAGCUAUUUCCACUGUGCAGCAUUGCACCAGUGUGAACAGCCACCUCUGAAAGGACAGACUUUACCCGCAGCACCUGUUUCACUGGAAAAGCUUGGUCUUAGUGAGCUGCGUGUUUCGGAAUGUUCAGCACAUGCUACCUUUUGAUAUAAGGCUCAAUGACCGAAAACCAAAAAGUGAUUCUCAUGUGAUUCAUUGUGAUCAUGCUGAAUUUCAGCGAUUUUGAAGGAUGCAGUACAUAUCGGAACACUCGAUUGAACAGAUCAGACACAAACAUGCUAGAUAGUGCACACAGUUAUCAUUUGUAAAAACCUUAGUAUCACCGUGUUUGACACAAAUGUGAACAUUAACAUAUAUGUUCACGUGUGUCUCUUCUUUCAGCAUAAGUUAUGUUGUGUAAAAAACAUUAUCUUGUCUUAAAUGUGUAAUAAAUGUGAUAGAUAUGAUGUUUCGUGCCCAUCACUAUAUCUGUUUCUGGUUUAUGUUGUGACAGCAAUGUACAGAAAAAUCACUGUCAUUUCAGCACUGUUCAGAAUUGUAACUAUUUCAAAAUAAAAGUAUAUUUUAAUCAGGAAACUGGUGCUUUUUAAAAAGAUUCAAACUGUGAUGCUUUUAGCAUAAUUUAGACUACAAAACAUUACUGUUCUGUAUUUUGUUCCCGAGUACCCGUGUAUUUUUGAAAAAUCACCGUGCAAUAUUCAA